UUCAACCAGAACCCAACAGCACAGUUUUACCAUCCAAACCUCGUCCACCACCUAAGAAACUUCACCACCGGUCAAGUGGAAACUACAAACCCAACUGCAGGCAACAGCAGAGCAGUUGAGGGGCAGGUCCAUCUGGCCAAUGGAGGAAACAGCUCCUGUUCUGGCAGAGUAGAGAUCUUCCUACGAGGACAGUGGGGGACGGUUUGUGACGAUUUCUGGGACCUGGUUGAUGCUCAGGUGGUGUGUAGACAGCUGGGCUGUGGCAGGGCCAUGUCAGCACCACACAGUGCACGCUUUGGACAGGGCAGUGGGCCCAUCUGGUUGGAUGAUGUCACAUGCACAGGCAGCGUCAAGUUCAGCGAGUGCAGACACAAUGGGGUUGGAUCCCACGACUGUAAUCACACUGAGGAUGCUGGUGUGGUCUGCGAAGCUGGUUCACCAGUGAGGCUGGUCAACUCUGACAACCGGUGCUCUGGCAGAGUGGAAGUCUACCAUGAUGGACAGAAUCUUCGGUUAUUGAAGAUUCUCAUGAUGAUCUUCUCUUAUUUUGGCGACCUUACAUCUUUUUCUUCAGUUCACCCACUACAGCCUUCUCAGUUUAUUUGUGACCGAGAUAAACUCCAAGUGGGCCUUGAUUUGGCUCGCCUUACAUCCUCUGGUUUGAACCCAUUCUCUGGCAAUCUGGCAUCCUACAACUGCUCCUGGGUCAGAGUGCAUGAUGGUUUAGUGUGGUAUGAAGUGGAAGCAACAGCAGGUGCCUGUGGAAACACAUUGAGGACCAACAGCACACAUGCCGUCUACUCCAAUAUUUUAUUCAUCUACCCAAUGAACAACACGUCCUUCAUCAGUCCUGUGAGUCUUCCCUUCUCCUGUUUGUACCCGCUGGACACAGACACCAGCCUCAAUGUGGCUAUCGGACCAUUUCUGGCGCUGGCAGGCGGCAUUUCAGGCUCAGGUACCAAAGCCAGAGCCUCCAUGUCUCUGUUCCGCACCUCACACUACACCGAGACUUAUCCAGCAGGCCGGGUCACCCUGCCAGUGGGCUCGCCAUUGUAUGUGGGCGUCUCUGUGGAGGAGAGAGAUUCAAGCUUUGCAGUUGUUCUGGAGGACUGCUACGCCACUCAAUCAUCAAACCCUGACGAUUCCAUCCAACACCCUCUCAUCCAGAACAAAUGUCCCACUGACCGCCAACAAGUGUCAGUGAUUGAGAGCGGCUCAUCCCUCCAUGCUCGUUUCUCUGCCCUGCUCCACAAUGAUUAUAGGGACGUUUACCUUCAUUGCAGCCUCAGCCUGUGCGAACGGACGAGCUUCUCUUGUGUUCCUCCUUGCACAAGUAGGACCUAUCGCUCUGUUUCCAACUCUGAUCGUCUGAGUACCCUCAGCAUUGGACCAAUCAUGUGGGACAAGUCACCUGAGUGAGCUGGUAA